UUCUGCACUUUUCCCAAUGUUGACAAAAACAUGAAUUUGACAUUUUCAUUCGAAUUUCUAGCCAAUAUUAAACCAUGAGUGGAAGAACGAAGAAACGAAUAAUUGGUAAAAUAUCAUGGGGACCCCGUAAAAGUCACCUUAAAGAAAAUGGAGUGGGAUCAGGAAAAUCCCAUCCCAGUAUUUAUCACGCCCUGGUGGUUAUUUUCCUGGAGUUCUUUGCCUGGGGACUUCUUACAGCCCCCAUGAUAGACGUGCUGAAUGAAACAUUUCCCAACCAUACUUUCUUAUUGAAUGGCCUUAUUCAGGGUGUUAAGGGUAUUCUGUCGUUUCUAGCAGCCCCUCUGAUCGGGGCCCUGUCGGACGUCUGGGGCCGCAAACCCUUCCUACUUCUCACUGUCUCAUUCACUUGCGCCCCAAUACCCCUCAUGAAGCUCAGUCCUAUGUGGUACUUCACGAUGAUCUCUCUGUCUGGGAUAUUUGCCGUCACAUUCAGUGUCGUGUUUGCGUAUGUUGCUGAUAUCACUACAGAAGAUGAACGCAGUCAAGCUUAUGGACUGGUGUCUGCCACAUUUGCAGCUAGCUUGGUCACUAGUCCUGCCAUCGGUGCUUACCUAGGGAACUUAUACAGUGAUAACGUCGUAGUCUGGCUCGCCACCAGUAUAGCUCUCCUAGAUGUUCUAUUUAUUGUAGUAUUUGUUCCCGAGUCUUUACCAGAAAAAGUGCGCCCCACAUCAUGGGGGGCACCUAUCUCGUGGGAAAAAGUGGACCCAUUUUCCUCGCUACGGAAGAUGUCCCACGACUAUCUCAUAUUGCUGUUAUGUAUUACCGUAUUUUUAUCCUACCUGCCUGAGGCCGGGGAAUACUCUUGUUUCUUCGUAUAUCUUAGAUUAAUAAUGUUAUUCUCUGAAGAAGAGGUAGCUGUAUUUAUUGCUGUUGUAGGCGUUUUAUCAGUCAUAGCACAAACUGUAAUCCUAGCAUUAUUAAUGAAGUACCUUGGCCAUAAGGAAUCCAUUGUGUUCGGCCUAUUGUUUGAAGCCAUCCAGCUCGCGUGUUACGGCUUUGGCUCGCAGGACUGGAUAAUGUGGACGGCAGGAGCUAUAGCGGCAAUGUCCAGUAUUACCUACCCCGCCAUCAGUGCGUUUGUCUCAGCACAUGCUGAGGCUGACCAGCAAGGUGUAGCCCAGGGCGUAGUCACGGGUAUUCGAGGCUUGUGUAACGGGCUUGGCCCCGCAUUGUUUGGCUUUAUUUUCUACCUCUUUCACGUUGAUCUGAAUGAGACGACGAACAUCAGUGAUGUGUCCAAGUCAAAACAGCUAAAUGGGUCGGCAUCCAUCCCUCAUAAAGAUUCAGUAAUUCCUGGGCCACCAUUUGCCUUUGGGACGGUCCUCGUGAUAAUCGCGAUGUUGGUGGCAAUCAACAUACCGGAAUCCCCUCAUCCAAAGAAGUCCACAGCCAAGACUACAUCCAAGUCAGCAUCGCAGCUGCACCAGUCUAUGGUAGAACAAGGUUUGAUAAAGGAUAAUGAAGAUAUCCAGCCCUUGAUGGCAGAUGAAGAAGAAAUUUUGUGAUAAGCCCCGCCAGGAAGUAGGAGUGUUAUGUAGGGCUUUUGUUGUUUGCCAUAGAUAGAUGUUGCAUAAUGCUGCUGAAAGGAGGGUGUUAGUUACAAGCAUUGGAAGACUGGAUGUUUGAGUUGCCACUGUGGACGUGAUUUGAUUUAAAGAAAAUAUUGUUAAGGGUGAUUAAAAAGUGUGUUGUCAUGAUAAUCAAAAUUUUAAUGGGAGAUUCUUAAGUUCAAAUGAAGAAGAAAGUAUAUGUAAGAAUUAUUUAUCCGGAAUAAGUCUUCGCUCACUUCUCUGUUUAAUUUGUAUGUGUUCAGCUUAUUAAUUAAAGCAAAGGUCUAUUCAUAUCUGACACACAAAGACACUGCUGAUGGAAUUUGUUUGUAAAAGCUCGUACUAUUUUUUGCUAAAUAUGUUCCAGAGGUAUGAUCGAUGCAGCUGGCACUAUCAUGACUAGAAAUAGCCUUUGAAAGAUAUAGGUUUGUUAUGUAUUAUGAAUUGUUAUUUGACGAUGGGAAAGGGAUUGUUUUAGAAACCCAGAUUUGAAGAAAUAUUUGUUUCUUGUCCGUUAUUUGAAUUGAUGUUAAAGUAAGGCCAUUAUAGAUAAAUAUAUUGUUCGGCAUCACCAAACCAACUUCCAAAAAUACAUGUGACAGAAAAGUUUUUUUAGCAUCCCUGUUGGUUAUUUCUUUCAUCAUAACAGAAUUAAGGGGUUAGGGGGUAAAAACAAAAACAAAAAAUAAAACAACCUUCCUACUCACCCUUCAAACUGUUGGACAGGUUAGGCCAACAAAUUAUUUUUCAAUUGUGGCCUUAUAAAUACUAGAUUUUUAAUUAUUAAAGUGUAAAUUGUCUUUGUGAUAUAUGCAGUACCUUCGGUAUUUGUUGUAUUAUAAUAAUUCUUUUGUGGCUUUUUAGAGCUUUUAUCUUACACAUAUACACAGUCAAGUAAAUGUGUUUUACUGAUGGGAUGUUGUUAGUUGAAUGUAUGCAAACUAGUAUCUGCCAAAUUUUAGACUGCAUUCUACUAAAAGUUGUUAAAAAUGUUUGUCAUUGUGAUGAAUAGUUUAAAAAAAAGGUUGGUUAUCCAUCAGGGAUAUGUUCUUCUGUAUACAUCAAAAACAAUCAUUACAAAGUUAUAUAGAUGGCAUUCUGCUGAAAUUGUCCGGGUAAUUGGUAGUAUAUAAAAAAUUGAAUUGGUAUUCUGUCGGUGACAUAUUUUUCUGUUAUCAUCAAGAAAGAUAAAUCUAAAAUUAAAUAGAGCAUUCUACUUAAAUUUUUGCAGUAACUGGCAGUUUUUUAAAAAUGGUUGUUUGUUUGUAAGAAACAUAUUUACUGUAUUCAUCAAAAAAGACAAAUCCAAAUUAUAAAAGGCAUUCUACUAAAGUUUCUCAGUACUUGGCAGCAUAUAAAAAAUGGUAGUUUUCAGUCAGGGACAUUUUUCUAUAAUUAUUUAAGAUAUAAUUAUCAAUCGUUUGCUUUAUCACAUAGGCUACAGAGAAUGCUAAAUGUUACCUCAGCUCUGGUAAAACAUGACAGUCAUAAAUGUAUAGUGUCUCACCAGGGGUGAGAGUGGUCAAGUGGUAUAGGUGUCCGCCUCUUACCCAAGAGGUCGUGGGUUCGAUCCCCACCACAGGUACUUUCUCAUGGCCUUUUGAAAAGAACACAGUACUGGUUUCUGCCCAGGAAAUGGACUUGAGUGGUUCUAUAAGCUAUCAGCUUUCGUCACAAAUGAACUAAAAUAAAUGAGUAUAUGCUACUAUAGUGUCUGAUUUUGUGUUUUGUUUUGUUGCUUUGUCCCCUGCAAAGCUUGGCAGAUGUAUAGGAAUUACUUGUCCUUCAGUGUUGGCGUCACGCUUGCCUUUCCAUUCAUAACUUUUGGAUGGAUGGUACAUGACCCCUAUUGAUUUUAUGGUCAUUAGGUUAAAGGUGGCCUUUACUGGAAAAAAUGAUGGGCGCUCUGGACAGAAAUAAACUCAUCUGUUUUUGUGGAAUUCUUGAUUUACAAUUAGUUUUUACCUAAAUAUGUUGUUAAUUUAAUUGAAAUAUGUAAAUAUAAAAAAAAAAAUCAUGGUGCAAUGUGUAAGUACAUUAAUUCUUAAGUGUGUAUAUAUUUCUAUUAUUCUACAUUGUAUAAAUAUGCCUGAUAUUGUGAUAAUUUGAUGCUAUGUUCUGGCAGAUAUUGUUGUUUUUAUCAUUGCAAACUGUUCAUUGUUUUAGUCAUUGAAAAAAAAAUAUCAUUGUGAUGAAGUUUUUAUUAAAAAUUAUUUUUUCAUGAAUUA